CACAUCACUAUCUACAUUGAUACGCGUCCAUCUUUCCAAUCUUCAUCCCUCCAUCUGUGUCUCACUCUCAUAACCCCUUUCAGUGUCACUCACUUACAUAGCCCAUUCCCACUUGUUGUCUAUCAUCGCCUGGCCGUGUGCCGGGUCGUACUCGCAUACAUUCCUUUCAAGCGUCCCUUACAAUUGAUUGAUCCUACACAAUCACCACAGAGAACAAUAUGGGAGACAAUAACGGCAACCCGGAAGUGUCCGGCCAGAGUCCAGACGAUGUUGACAAAGCCUCGGACGAGAGCUCAGAAUGGCAAGAUAUCAACGACACUCCCUCAAUAAUAGACUUUGUCACCCUCGGCAUGUUCAUCAUUGGUAAGUGCCCAGGAACCACAACCAGGCACCAACUAAGCACCCCUUCAGAUGAAAUCGAAUACCCUCCGCCCCGUCCUCCAUCAACCAACGUCUUAGGAGGCGCCGGCUCCUACUCCGCCCUCGGCGCCCGCCUCUUCUCUCCAGCUCCGGACCUCUCCCGCACCGUGGGCUGGAUCGUGGAUCAGGGCUCCGACUUCCCCCAGGCCAUCACUGAUCUCAUCACCGGCUGGUCCACCUCGGCCGUCUUCCGCCAUGACCCGACCCGGCUCACCACCCGCGGCUGGAACGGCUACGUCGGCUCCUCGGAGCGCCGCGAAUUCAAGUACACCACCCCCAAGAAACGACUAACGGCCGCCGACUUGGUCGGAACCCCCUUGUUGAAGGCUAAAGCUGUGCACAUGGUCUGCAGCCCUAACCGCUGCAAAGAGUUGGUGGAGGAGAUCAUCACCCUUCGCAAGCGCGAAGCCCGACUUGCUGCUGCCGCCUCCAACAAGAACAACAACAAUAACGACAACGACGACGAUUGCGACGAAGUUGAUGACGACACCAACGACCCCAACGCCUACACCCGCCCCUUAAUAAUCUGGGAACCAGUCCCCGAUCUCUGCACCCCCUUUGAGUUACUAAACUGCACCAACGCCCUCCCCCUGGUCGACAUCUGCAGCCCCAACCACGCCGAGCUAGCCGGGUUCAUGGGCACCGACGGCCUCGACCCGGAAACGGGCGAGAUCAGCGUCGAGCAAGUCGAGCGAAACUGCGAACAGCUGCUGGCUAGCAUGCCGCUGACGACGUACACGCUGGUGGUCAGGGCCGGGGAGAAGGGGUGCUAUGUUGCUAAGAAUGGGGGGCGAAGGAGGAAACAGCCACCUAUGAAAAUUGGAAAGAAGAAGAAGAUGAAGGUAGGGCUGGACGCCCGAAACUUCCACGGCGGUCUACAGCACGACACAGACAUGAUGUCUCUCUUCGCCGGACUUUUGCAAGAUAUGGAAGACCGGAAUAAUGAGGAUGACCCGUUCGGUCGUUUCGAUGUCGAGGAGGGGAUCGAGGCCGAUUCGGGGAUCGAGAGGUGGCUACCCGCUUACCAUACGGACGCCACAAAGGUCGUCGAUCCCACGGGAGGUGGGAACACGUUCCUGGGUGGGCUGGCGGUGGCGUUGGCGAGGGGAAAGAGCAUCGAGGAGGCGUGUGCGUGGGGCAGCGUGGCAGCGAGUUUUGCCAUUGAGCAGGUGGGAGUACCGGAGCUGGGGAUGGAUGUGGAAGGGAGAGAGACGUGGAAUGGGGAGAGGGUGAAGGAGAGGUUGAGUGGGUAUAUGGAGAGGGUUGGAUUGUUAUGAGAGCUUUUUGUGAUGAUGAUGGAGUUAGAGACGUGACGGCGGGUUGACUCGAUCAUACCUAACGGCUAGAGAGGUUGUCACAAAGAUAAUGGGGAUACGGGAAAGAGUGGAUGGUUAUGACCUUUAGGGAACGUAUAGACAUAGAACGACUAUCUGGGUUGGAACUUUCGGAACUUUAUAGACCUAACUACCAAGACACACAAUGCGCCA